UAUAAUUUAGUAUUCACAAAUCUGUCAACUUCGUGGGAAUUUUACUUUCAGUUGUUUACUUGUUUAUAGGUGUCUUUGACUAAAAUUAUUUAUUGAAUGUGUGCGAUGGAUCCUUUAUCGGAAGUAAAGACUAUGCUUCGAAGUAUCUUAAUAUCUUCACCAGUUGUUAUAGAUGUUUAUCAAUUGAAUAGAGACUUCAGAGAACAAGAAGGCACUGGAAUUCCGUACCAAAAAUUUGGACACAAAUCUUUGAUAGAUUUCUUGAAAUCUAUUCCGGACGUUUUAUUUAUCAAUGGUAAUAGUGAAUAUUCGGAAGUUACUCCGGUUGAAUCUGAAAAAUCAUCACAUGUGAAUGAUUUAGUGUUGAAACAAAAAUCAAAAAAAACACCAGGAAGCUUUUUCCCCAAAAACUGUAAACCUUCAAGAAAUCGUCGUAACAAACUAAAUUCGUUUCAACCACCACCACGAUUCCAAAAACAUCAAGAAGUAAUAUCAAAAGUUAAAGUUGACGAUGGAUAUUCUAGUCAAAAAUCCUAUAGUGAUAAAAGCACCAAUGCUUUAAAACCAAGUACAAAUCAAAAGACUUCUUUAGAGUGUAACAAAAACUCAAAUAGAGUAGGAAACAGACCUACAAAUUAUAAUAGUUCAAGUGAUAAUUCGAGAGAAAUUAGACAAAGGCUGAAUAGUGGAAAUAAGGAAAUAGAGGGUUUCUCAAAAAAUAAUUGUAAUAAAAAUAUAAAGAACCCUAAAAUUGUUGAAGAAAGUACAAAACUUCUAAGGAGAAUCAAUUACAAAGAUACUUUCCUUAAUGAAGAUAAUUCAUUUAAUGUAGAUAUCUCAUUGAAAGGUGAAAAACCAGCUGACAAGAUUUAUUGGAAUGGUGGAACCAUUAAAAAAACGAACAAAAAGAAUAAUACACCUGAAAAUUGCAGUGGAACAGAAAACUCUCUUGAGAAGAAUAUUAAAUCAAGUACAAAUAAAUGUACAAGGUCAAGACAUUUUACGCCAAAUAGUAGUAGUCACUUGAUGGAUAGUGCUGUGAAAAAUAAAUCAAAGGAAACUCAUAAUAGAGAAAAAUAUAAAAGUCUUUCUUUAACCACAAAAAAGAAUUGUAUUCCAAAAGCUGUACAAGAUAACCUUAAAAAUUUGAUAGCUGAUUUUCCUGAAGGAAUUUGUUGUUCUGAAUUGCCUUUGGUUUAUAAGAAUUUUACUGGCGAAGAUCUAUUAUUUGAAGACUUUGGCUAUAGAUGUUUAAUUUACUUAUGUUUGGACCUGGAACAUAUUUUUCAUUGCACUAAAGAAUCCCAAUGUGAUUACAAACUUUUUGAUGUAAGAAAACCCCUGCCUGAACUUAAUAUUCCCCAAGAGAGUAGUCUUGAAGGUAUGACUCAAAACUCGGAAUCAUCACCUGCAAUUCCUGAAAUGAGAUGGGGUUCUUUUGAUUCCUUUGUCCCUCAUGAUGCAGUGAGGUUGGGAUUUAAACCGAACAGAAUACAAGUGGCUGAGGUAUUGGAGGAAGGUACUAGCAUAAAUGUGACGGUAGCUGAUAUUUAUGAUAUCUCAAAAUUCUGGAUGAUAAUAGAUGACUCACAGUUGGACGAAUUGAUGGAUAACAUGCAAGAGUUCUAUGGCAUUAAUAGAACGAGAUACUUGGUACCGAAAUCUUUAUUAGUAGAAACCCUUUACUGUGUUGUUUUAUUCAAAGGCAAAUUUCAUAGAGCAGUUAUUCUUAACGUGAUGCCUGGUUAUGAGUACCUCAAAGUUUACUAUGUUGACUUUGGAACUUUGGCCAAAGUUUCAAAAACAGAGGUUUGGUACAUAACUAAAGAAUUUAGUGAACUCCCAACCCAAGCCAUAAGAGCUAGACUUGGCGACAUUUAUCCACCAAACCAAGGUACUACUUGGUCUCCAUUUGCUAAUUAUGAUUUUAGCGGUUUAACAUGCAUGAAAAAAUUCAUUGCAGAAAUUAUAAGGGUGGAUAAAAAAAAAAAUUUAGUUGACAUAAAAUUGAAUGAUGGAUAUUCUGAUAUGAGCGAUAUACUAGUAAAUCGUAAUCUUGCUAAAUUCAUAAACAAACCCCAAAAAAAACAUAUUGAUGAUCCUAAUUGUAAACCUAGAGUGCAAUAUGUUCAUCUAUUUCCUACAUUUGAUGAAAUAGAGAAUUGGAUUGUGCCAUCUACGGAAGAAGCUGCAGACUUUUUGAACACCACGGUUACUGCCGAUUUCUUGUACUCGCAGUAUUUCAAUAGAACUGUUGAUACGAAUUUAAUCAAAAGCAUUGAGGAAAAGAUGGAACUGACUUGUAAGAAGAAUAAGUCAUUGAUGAAGUACCACAAGUCAUCUGAAAUUUCACUUAACCAUAAUAUAGAGGAAAUUAACAAGAUUGCAUAUGGAGAUUUAUAUAACUUUUUUACAGAAAAUGUAAUAGAAGAUAAUCAUAUAAAUGAAAGUGAAACUAAAGAACUUGAAGAAAUUCAAGAUGAUGUCCUGGGAGAAAAUGCAAUUGAAGAAAGUGAAUGCAAAGGAACUGUAGAAGAUCACAAUGUAUCUUUUACAAAUAAGAGAAUAAUUGAUAUUAAAAAUGAUGAACUUUUAAUUUCAAUAUUGAGACAAACUAGGAUGAAAAAAUCAUAUUCAGUCCAAGAUGAUAAGUGUGGAAAAAAUUUCAAUACUUCAGAGAAAGUAUUGAAAGGAACAGAAUCUGAAAGCUUUACAUUGCAUACUAAAAGAAUAUUUGAAGAAUUAAGCGAAUCUUCAAAUGGGAUUGAUAUUUCAUGCAAGAGCUACAAUACUUCUAAUGAGGUUUCAAAUUUUCUUGAUCUUGAAAAAUACUUAUCUGAUGAGAAUUCUUUUAAGACAAGUAAAAAAUCAACUACCAACCUGAUUGAUCUGGACAAUGAAUUGAGUCCCAAUGUUUCAUCAACAAAUCUUCUGUUGGAUCUUGAGUUUGAGCAUUCCCAAAAGAAAUUAGCAGAAAGUAGGCAGAAAAUUCAAAAUUGUCUUUUAACUGGAUUCAGUGUGGAAAAUGUGGAAAACCUGUUAGAUACUCCAAUUCCUUGUAAUGUUCCUAAGAGUUCAUUUACAGAUCUUAUGCAGUUUGAUGAUGAUAAUGUAUCUGUCCCAGAAGUAUCUAGUACAUUCCAUGAACAGGUAUGUGCAAUGUCAACGAAACCUUUUUUCAAAGUAGUAGAUUGUUCAGAGUCGAGUGAUGCAGAUGAUGAAGAUUCAGAUGCUGUUCAGAAUUCUCUUGAUUAUUCUUAUAAUUCUAAUAAAUCAAAAGAACUCAAAAAAGUAAAUUCAAAUAAUGAAUUGAAUGGUAUAAUAACGAUAAAUACUACUUCACUACAGGAAACUCGAAUAUUUGUGGAUCAGGAUAAUUUUGCAACUCACAAUGUUGACGCAACACAAAAUGAAAGUAAGAAUGGUUGUCUCACACAUGCUUCAUCUGAUGGUCAAAACAUUGACGUAGAACGACUCAUUAUAUUAAAUUCAUACAGUAGUAAUUCAGAAGACCAAAGUAGCCAUAAAGAUUUUAGUGGAAUUGUAGACUGCUGCAGCAAUGCAAGUGAUGCUAACUUUGAACAUUGUGAUUUCAAUAAUUCAAUUGUGCAAGAAAAACAAAUUCAAACGCUAAUGACCGAAAAUUUGCAUUACAUAAGUAGAAAUAGAUAUCCAGAAUAUCAAUUAGACAUUUUUGAUUCAGUAAAUGCUUCAAGUAUUUUUGUAGAUGAAGGUAGCCAAAAAGAUCCCACUUUAGAAGAUGUACAGGAACAUAAUUUUGCCACUUCAAAUAUUUCAAAUUCAGCAGCUGCAGGAAAUGCUAUAAAUGAUAAUCACUUAAUCUCGAAUUUUCAUCAUCGAGUGAUUUCUUAUGGAGAUACCAUAUCAAAUGAUUUUCAACUCCUGAAAUUGAAAGGAGAAGCUAUAAGUAGUAUAAGCAGAUUGGGAAUAAAUAAUUCGUCCACCCCAAUAUAUUCUCAGAGUUUGUUUGACACUUCCAUUGUUACUAUAGAUUCUGCAGAAUGCGAAUCAGAGUUUAGAGAAGAAUCAAUAUCUAGACUAAGUUCUAAAUUGGAAACUCUAGAAGAUGAGAAAAAAAUCUCAGAGAAUAGUGCUAUAAUGUCUCCAGUUCAGGAUUUAUCAUUUGAAAAUAAUCAUGAUUGUCAGGCCUUUAGUAGUAUUACUAAUUCAGUAGUUGCAUCUACUCCCCUUCCAAAUCAAAGGGCUCUGUCUAAGGAUAGGAGCUUCCUGGAAGAAUUUGAAAUUCUUGAUCAUUCAACAUCAUCCUCUAUUUCAGAUCUAAGAAAUGAGACAGUUUUAUCAAGGCUGAGUUUUAUAUCUGGUGAAUGGAUCAGUAUUGAAUUGCAGAAUUCUAAAUGUGGAACAAACAAUUCUGAUCCUUUGAAUGAUGCUCAAUCGACUGAGCCAGACAAUUCAGUGAAAAAUGAAGUUUUGAAUAGUGUUUCACAAGAAAACACUUUGUUGUCUGCUGUUUCAAUGAGUUUAGAAUCAAGUUCACAAUCGAAAAUUGACAGUAAUACUUCCUUAUUAUCUGAAUCAGAAUUUGCAGUCAAAAAGGAUGUUUCCAAGGACUUGGAAAAUGCUGAUAAAUCGGUAAAUCCUACAAAUUGGAAAUAUGAAUCUGCCAGUAUUCCACAAUCUCAAGUAGGCAACCUUGAGCAUGAUUUUAAUUAUCGCGUGCCUUUCAAUAAUCCUGAACCUUCAACAUCCUCUCAUCCUAGAAUGCUAGCACCAGUAUGUGGAAUCCAAACAUGGAUGCAUCCACCAAGAAUGUUGGUUCCCGGUCCACCUCUACCGUUCAUUCCAAUUCCAACCAGUGGCCAACAAAGACUAUUAUUUCCUUCAGGACCUCAGUUUCAUGUUCCUGUUAAUCACUAUAAUUGUGUUCCAGGAUCACAACAAGCAAUUAUAAAUGGAGUUGCUCAAAAUUACGGAACUUGUCCUAUAGUAAUAUUUAACUAUAAUUUUCUACCUCCAAUGAACCAAAAUUCAAAAUGAUAAAUUGCAAUUAUAUUUUGAGUUUUAUAAUUUAUAUGAAUUUGUGAUGUAUUGAGUAUUUUAUUUAUAUUUGCAUUUUUUAUAAUCUUUAACAGAAUAUUUUUUUAUGUUUUUUGAACAAUACUGUUUUGAUCAUUAUAGUUUUAAGUGAAUAAGAUAAAGGGUUUUUUGUCAACAAAUUGAUCUUGAAUUUUUUGAAAUUUUUUUUGAUCUGUAACUGGAUCUGAUAUUAUGUAUGAAGUACAUACUGAUCUAUUUUGAAUAUAUUUUUCUAUUUUUUUUUUUUUAGCUCUGUAGGUAUAUUUACCAUAUUGCUAAGUUUAUUGAAUAUGAUUCAGUUUUUAAUAUUUUUUUCUUUAAGAUUUUAAUAAGUAAUUCACAUCUGCCAAGAAAUUUUCAAUUGUAUACGAAUUAAUCAAGAUUGGAAAUGGGUUAAAGUACAAUAUAUUAUUUGUUGAUUAUUGUGCCUUUGAAAUAUUAAUAGACAGAAUCCCUCUAUCAAAUUUUGUUUUAUUCACCGUUCUACCCUGUUGAGAUUGAAGAUUUGAGAUUACAGGAAUAUUUUUCAAGUUGAAUAUAAUCGAUCAACUUUCGAGAAAAAUCUAGUAUUGUAGUGGUAUUUAUGCAGGGCCGCUGACUGGACAUUUUGCCGGAAAGUUAAUGAAACAAGACAUACUUUUUGACACAAAAAUGUGUUCUUAGUGAAAAAACCACUCUUUGUAGCAAUAAAAUGAUAAAACUUCCAAGAGCCAAUUUUUUUUAAAUU